CCUCCUCCUCCUGCCGCCCAGGAUAGCGGCCGCGCUCCGCUGCGGCAUGAGCUGAGCCAUGCAUUCGGGGAACAGCACGGGAGCGACGAGCCGCUCGCAGCCCGCGGCGGCGGGGCACGAAGUGCCCGGCGAGCGGCCGCUCUUCAGCGCCGGCACCUACGAGCUGCUGGCGCUGCUCAUCGCCACCAUCGGCACGCUGGGCGUGUGCAACAACUUGCUGGUGCUGGUGCUCUACUACAAGUUCAAGCGGCUCCGCACGCCCACCAACCUCUUCCUCGUCAACAUCAGCCUCAGCGACCUGCUGGUGUCCGUCUGCGGCGUCAGCCUCACCUUCAUGUCCUGCCUGCGGAGCCGCUGGGUGUGGGACGCCGCCGGCUGCGUCUGGGACGGCUUCAGCAACAGCCUCUUCGGAAUUGUUUCAAUUAUGACUCUCACUGUUCUUGCCUAUGAACGCUACAUUCGAGUAGUCCAUGCAAAAGUGAUUGACUUCUCUUGGUCUUGGCGGGCUAUCACAUACAUUUGGCUUUAUUCAUUAGCCUGGACUGGAGCACCUCUUUUGGGCUGGAACAGAUACACACUGGAAAUUCAUGGCUUAGGUUGCUCAAUGGACUGGAAGUCAAAGGAUCCCAAUGAUACUUCCUUUGUGCUACUUUUUUUCCUGGGCUGUCUGGUAGCACCUGUUGUGAUCAUGGCCUAUUGCUACGGCCAUAUUCUAUAUGCAGUAAGAAUGCUUCGAUGUGUGGAAGAUUUUCAGACUUCUCAAGUGAUUAAACUUCUAAAAUAUGAAAAGAAAGUGGCUAAAAUGUGUUUCUUAAUGAUCUCUACUUUCCUUAUUUGUUGGAUGCCUUAUGCAGUCGUCUCCCUCCUAGUAACAUAUGGCUAUAGCAACCUUGUAACUCCCACAGUAGCUAUCAUCCCAUCUUUCUUUGCCAAAUCAAGUACUGCUUAUAAUCCAGUCAUCUACAUCUUCAUGAGUAGAAAGUUUCGGCAAUGCCUUUUGCAACUCCUGUGCUUUCGCUUGAUGAGAUUUCAGAGGACCAUGAAAGAGCCUUCAGGAGCAGGGAAUGUCAAACCGAUACGACCAAUAGUGAUGUCUCAGAAAGUAGGGGACAGGCCCAAGAAGAAAGUGACAUUCAGCUCUUCCUCCAUCAUUUUUAUUAUUGCCAGUGAUGAUGCUCAGCAAGUAGAUGAUAACAGCAAACACAAUGGGACAGAAGUAAAUGUCAUCCAAGUAAAGCCUCUAUAGGGAUGAGCUACAUAAACAUUAGAAUCUGAUGAACUCCAGUCAGUGACUGUUUGGGCUGAAGACUGGUUUCAGUGAUAGUGCCCGUGGUCAGCCAAAGGAAGUCAUAUUAAACUGUGAAAUACUGAAGUAAUUCUGCAUCAGAAGCUCUGUAGGCAGUUCAGUUUUGGUCACGAUAUAGAUAUCUUCACAUCUGUGCCAAACUUGAUGAAUGUUUUUAUUCUGAACUUUCUUAAAGCAUAUCAUAGUGCUUAAUGGAUUGUACUCUGCCUGGAGGCUCAUAAAGAGAGAAAUCCUGCUGGGGUCUUUGCUGGGACCUGUCCAUCUUUACCAAUGACUUGGAGAGGUGACAAGUGCAUUCUUGUCAGCUUUGAAGGUAACACUAGACUGGGCAUGAACAAUCUUUAGACUCAAGGAUGGGACUGCCAUUCUGGAGAACGUGGUCAGGUUGAAGGAGUAAGCUGACAGAAAUGUUACUAUAUUCAACAAGGACAAGUGCAGAGUCCUGGGCUUGAGGAAGAGCCAUGUGCAGCACAGCAGGAAAGGCCCUGGAUGCCUGGGAUGUAGCUCUGUGUAAAAGGACCUGAGCUCCUGCGUAGCAACAAGCAGGGCAUGAGCCUGCAGUGUGCCCUGGGAACAAGGGCACUGGCAUUCUGUGCUACACCGACAAGAGCAGAGCCUGAUAGAUUGAGUGAAAUGAUUAUGCCCCUCAACUCAGCUGAACAAUCCUAUCUACACUGCAUCCAAUUUUGGAACCUCCAGUACAAGGAAGGCUCCUGUAAACUGGAGUGAAUUUAUUGGGUCUGCCAAAAUUGUCAGGGUUUGGAGCACUUGGCCUGUGGGGACAGUCUGGAGCUAUUUGCAUUGAUGAAGCCUGGAGAAAAGAAGUCUUCAGGGGAAUGUAAUGGCAACCUUCCAAUAGUGACAAAGCAGUUUUCAAGAAGAUGGAACCAGGCUGUUCAGGGUGAUACGUGCUGAAAGGAUAAGGGAUGAGCAUGAACAGAAAGGAAAUAAAAAAAAGCUUUUUAACUCUGAGAACAGCCAAGCAACGGGUUAGACUAGAGAAUUCCUAAGGUUCUUUGAGCCGAAGUUAUCCUAUGAUUUCCUAAACUGCCAGCACUUCCAGUGCACAGAGUUCUUAGGAAUGAGGGAGAAAUAUUUGAAAUUGGCUGGGUUUAGUUUACUUUACUUGAUGCUUUGCAGGAAAGAAAAAAAAAGAAAAAAAAGUGAUAUCCACAAUGAUUGGGGCAGUGGUAAAACCAAAAGCCACCUUAAGGCUGUGCAUAUGUACUCAGCAAGCCAUUCUGUUCUUGCUCCCUGGAGGAACUCUUGAGUUGUGUUGUGAGAUACAAGUCAUACAAAUCAAAGCUCAAAUGAAAAACAGUCAGUGAAAAAGGAUUACCAGUUUUGUUUUAUUUUUGCUUCUUUGUUUAAAUAUGUACUUCAUGCAUCUUUAUCCCACAUCCAUUUAUGAUAUAUAUUUAACAGGAGCCUUGUACUACAUUAAUGCUAAUCUGCUCUGGCACUUUGGGAAAGUAAUGACUAAAGAAGAGCAGGGGAACUUUUGCCUCAUUGUAGUGUGAGUAAUGAUUGUCCUAUUUAUUGUUUAGUAAACAGAACGGAAACAUUCUGAAAAAUUUUUCUCACCUUUGUAAAUGUUGAUGAUAUCAGUUGACAGUGGGAUUCUGCUCUGGGCAGGGCUGCCUGUCAUGUUGGAUGAGUAAGUUUGAGAACUAAUUUUGAGUUAUGGGAGCUGAUUCUCAGUCACAUCCAUUACGCUGAUACGAUUUAUUUGCUUCAGUUUAAUAAAUGUGCAUUGUGAAUCUGCAACAUGCAGCUUUUCCAUCUUGGUGAAAACUGUGACAGAAGCUAUUAAGAAACUACUUGCUUCUUCUAAGGGUAAAUCUUUGAGAGGUAUAAAGGCAGUGUGAAGAAUAACUGCUAUGACCAGGAGCCAUUGAUCUCAUGGUCAAGACGAAAACUUCAAAUAAAGGAAAAUCAGACUCCAAAUACAGAACCUUUUGGCCUCGAUCAUUGAGGAUAUCACAGUAUUCCUGGGAGUAGGGAUUGAUGAUCUCAACUCAAAAUAUAUGUUUGUGCACGUGCUUUUGAAAAGGCAAAUUACUCAUACAUGCGCCACUCUAGAACAUCAGCACUGGCUCUGCGUCAUGUUUGAAAGUACUUUUAGAGUGCACUCUGUUUUCUAGAUUAAAUCGCAAGCUAAGAGAAAACAUAUCUACUCAUCUUUCAUGUUAUUUUUGUUUUGCUGUAAAUGCAUAGAUAAAUUAUCCUAGGAUGUCAAGGGUUCGCCAUUAUAAAAAGCAUAUUCAUUUCAAUGCCAACAACUUUGUUUUCAGCUAAUGAUCACUGCAUCUGUGCACUUUUAUAUUUGCAAAAAGAGAAAGAUGUACCCUAGCAUUGCAUACAGUGAUUCCAUCCUUUUAACAAAAUGUUUUAUAUCUUAGUGUUUCAUGUAUGUUGAGCCUUCAAUAAGUGAUUAAAUUUAUUUUAUUUAUAGUAAUGUGUUCUCAGUGAAAUAUUUUUUUCCCACAGAGAGGAAGAUGGUUUAAUAUCAUCACCUGUUGGAGGCAGCUUGAAGGGUAUCAUUAGGCACUAAAAAAAACCAAUAACAUUUCAAGAAUGCAAUUGAUAUUUUGUAGAACAAAUACGAAUUUGGUGUAAGGAGAAACUGUUCAGAUUUCCAAAACUAAAUUUUAAGUAAUUCAGAGUACUGUACUCGGAAUUUUUAAUAAUUCAUGUAAGACAAGAUAUUUACUGUGACAAUACCCUGGACAAUUAAAGUUAUAUUACAAUAUGGGAAAACUAAUCAAUAAAAACUAUUGUAAAUUUGUAUUUUGGCUACUUAAUGUAAAUUGGUGGCCUAAAAUGGUAAAAUUUGUAAACUGUUUAAAGUAACUUGUUCUUGCAGCCCUGAAAAAUGUCACUAGAUUUACAAGCACUGCUAUGUGCAGUUAGUAUGCUGCGGUCCCAGUUAUUCAUAUCUUAAGUGCAACUGUUUUCUGUGAGUAUCUGCAGCACUGACACAGAAUUCACACCCUGCUACAGAAUUUAAGUAUUGUAAUGUUCGAUCUUGAAAGCAUCACCAGACUUAUUAUUUUUACUAUUAUUUUGUGUGUGUGUUAGUGGAAAAGUAUGCAUGAUGAUUCAGCUAGAAUGUUGUUUGUAACCUCUGAAGUGCAGGAGCCUGAAACAGUGAAACUGUCUCCCAACAGCCAGUAGUGCCUCCACACUCUGAGAUACAUUUCUACAUCUCUUGCAUAUGCUCUGUUUUGAGGCAGCCAUGAAUCUAAGGCUGUGUGUCUAUGGCCCUGCCAACACAAGGCCUCUGCUGCUGCCCUAAAUUUCAUGAGGACUGGAAACUAUGGGAUAUGUGAUGCAGAUCUGCUGCAGUUUUAUGACCUCCUCCUUUCUCUGCUCCUAGAAUGUGCUAGAUUUAUGCUGAAUGUAAAUGUCUUCAUGCAGAAAAGUUGGGUUUAUAGUACUGAAAUAUUAUCUUUCACCACAGCGAUUAAAUCUGUGAGGCAAUCAGUAUUCACAAACAUUAUUCUUCAUGUAUCUGUCCUUUCCAUAACAGCAGUAGAAGACAAUGCUGUUUCCUGCCAAAAUACUUCAGGAACAGCUAAGUGAAAUGGAUAUUCAAGUGUUGUGUAGUGUUCUUUAUGGAUGGUUUAGCACAGCUUUUAAGAAUAUAUUUAUUCUGAGCUUGUAUCAACAGCUUUCAUCUCAAUAACAGAAUUUGGUGUGAAGUUUUGAGAUUCAAAGAAAUGCGAGGAUGGAGCAGAGAAGGAAUGGGAGCAUAGAAGUGUGUUAGUAGUUGGGAGUACUUUUCCUCAGGGCCGGGAAGUAGUGAUGAUGCUUUUGUCUUUGAUGAGACAGGCAUCCACUAAUUUCAUCAAUUACAGUACCUAUCACUGCUGAUGUGCUUUGGAAAGCUUCUUCUAUAAAAUAUAAAGAGAGUGCAUUCAUUUAUCAGAAGAAAAUAAUCUGAAAAAUUAAGAGUCAAAGAUCUGUGAAGAUCUUAGUGUGGAAGACACUACAGACUCGAAGCCUGAGAAAACAAUUUGUUACUCUUUUCAGACCUUAGUGAAUAGAAGUGGCAAUGGAAAAAGAAGGAAUAAGCAGUAUGGAAUUUUUUACAUUAUGUUUUGCAGAAAACUUUUUUUAAAAAGUUGGCAGUAGCAAAUGGCUUAAUGGAGAAGGUUCAAGAAAAAACACAUAGAUGAGUAACAGAUCUGUAGGCCUGGAUGAUAUGCGCAGAAUGGCAGUGAUGGAUGUGGAAUUUGCUUUUCUCAGCAGCAAAGAUGUAUUUA